AUGGCCUUCAUUCGUGCUCGCUGCGUCUUGCUAUUCGCGUGCCUUGCGGCGGCUCUUGUGGCGACUGCCUACGCUGCAAAGAAAGCUGGUUCUCUUUCACAAGUCCUUAUCGCUGCCACGCUAACUGGCGACAAUGAGGUUCCCAAGGAUGGCUCCCCAGCUGGCGUGACUGUUGGGGACCAAUCUGGCGGCGUGGCAGACAUGACAUUGACGAUCUACAAGUGA